CUUGCACGCUCCAUGACUGCAUAUAACAUUACUAGUUAGAAAUUUGGGUUUACUAGGAGUACGUGCACCUUAUCCUUUGAAUUGAUGACUUUGGGUCCUGGUAGUGCGUUGGAUCCAUUCUAUUUUUUACUUCUUAAUGGUGUCCAUGCCGGUGCUAGUAUGGAUAUUCUUUUCAGUUUAUUUUCACUGGGCUGAGUGCAGUUAUGUGGGCUAAGGCGAAGUCAAACGAUAACUUUGUCAGCCCAACUUUUUACUUCUUAAUGGUGUCCAUGCUGGUGCUAGUAUGGAUAUUCUUUUCAGUUUAUUUUCACUGGGCUGAGUGCAGUUAUGUGGGCUAAGGCGAAGUCAAACGAUAACUUUGUCAGCAAGGAUAUUAUUGUAACUUUGGUUUUACUAUAACUGUAGAGUUGUCAAUAGUAGCAUGCAUGUUACUCUGUGUUUGAUAUUGAUAUUAAUAACUAUUAUUUUAUCUGGAUUGAUGUUAGGAGAGUCCUAAUUGGACCAAUGAUGUAGUUAAGAAUGUCGUGAAACUUGUCAGGGUGCGGACUAAUUGUCAAAAUGUGAGCUUGGGAUGAACUAUAGACUCCAUCCAGGGUUCAAUUCCCCACGAGGAGUUCACCUGGAUUACCUAACACAUUCUUUUGGCAGGUUCUACCCACGGAUGAGGAUGGGGCAGAUACUUGCUUCCCUUGACAUCAAGCCCGGAUAUGGGGCAUACGUGAUUGAUUUCCAUAUUUCAAAGAAUACAACACAGUCUUUCCAAGAAAAAAUUUGGUUAUUUGUAGCACAGACAGAUAAUAUAGAUACAUCUAUAUGUAUUAUAAGUCCUCCCCUAGUGAGUUUUCUUCUGAAUGGAAAGGGAGUAGACAGGAGGACUAAUGUUCUAAUGGACACUGGGCCACAGUUACCAACAAAUGUGACUUCAAUUCUUAAAUAUGGAACAAAUCUUCUUCAAGCUGUAGGCCAGUUUAAGGGUCAUCAUGUCAUAAUUGUUGCCUUCAUGAGUGUGAUUUCAUCACCUGACACCCUGGUGCCACCUGAUUAUGUGCAACCUGCUGUGGCUGUAGUUGACCCGGAUUCUGACAUAAUUGAAGGACCAUCACGAAUAUCACUUCAUUGUCCAAUAAGCUAUACACGUAUCAAGACUCCUGUCAAAGGACGUUCAUGUAGACAUCUUCAGUGUUUCGACUUUGAUAACUUUGUUGAUAUAAAUUCAAGAAGACCAUCUUGGCGCUGCCCACAUUGCAAUCAGCAUGUCUGCUAUGAGGAGAUUCAUAUUGAUCAAAAUAUGGUCAAGGUCCUGAGAGAGGUGGGAGAGAAUGUUGAUGAAGUUAUCAUCUCUGCUGAUGGAUCCUGGAAGGCUGUACUGGAAAGUGAUGGCACUGUAGAUGAGGCAGUAGUUAAGACCCCCAAUUCCCAGAAAGAAAGAACUGGGUGGCAAGAAUCUGCCAGUGUCUCAAAUUCUCUUCCUAAUGUCUUGGAACUUACAGAGGACAACAAUGAGAUGGGAGCAGUGAACUCUAGCGAAACUGAAGACCAGAAACCUUUGCAGGCUAGUCUUCCAGUUGCAACACAUUUAAAUUUGCCUCCAGAAUUGAACAGAAUAAAUGAGGCUAAUCAAAGUGUUGCCGCUGAAGUAGAGAACGACUUCUGGCCUGAAAUUUAUUUGAGUUCCAAGCCCAUGAACUCCAGUGCUAGGUCAAAUGCCCAAAGAGUUGGUAGUAUCUUUGAGCCCAUUACUGCUAAUCUUAUGCAGUCUCCUGUGUUGACUGAUGCUUUUUCUCCGGCCAUUAAUCAAGAAUCUGAUUUCACCACCUCUAUAAUGCAAAGUCAAUGCUCUCCCAAUAAUUUGCAGUUGCAACAGUCACAAUAUGUGAAUUCUCUUGCCAACAAUGAACAUGUGAGGUUGCCAGCAAUACCCAGACAUGUGAACAGGACUCCAAUAGCAGUGCAGGCCCUGCCAGCGCAGCCUCAGGCUCCAAAUCCGCAACGAAGACAAAGUAGUUUGAAUUCUUUGACUCCAAAUGGUUCCUCGAUUUCUUCUCAUGUUUUCCUUUCUGCGACUUCUGCUGCAGAUCAUUUCAGUCCAAUAUAUAGUACUAUGGAAAGUCAGCAUCACUUUUGGGGUCAUGUGAGUCCACUUCAGGUGCCAGAUAUUUCUUCAUCAUUGCAGCAAGCUUUAAACCAAAGGAAGCUCCAGUCUGUGGGUCAAUCGUCAAGUGCUAUCCGGUCAUCUUCACACCACCCACAUACCCUAAUCCAGCAAGGGGGUGCACAAGUGGGAACCAGUCAUGCUGCAGGUAUCAGCAGUCAAAGACAAUGGCUUACUUAUCAAGCUUCUUUUCAGCAGGGUAGAGAGGCACCAUCUGUGCCAGUUCUAAGUCAAACGUCAAGAACUGGAAACUCUUUGCCAGUGACUGCUAAUGGUAACCGAGGGGGAAUAUGGGAGCAAAGAGAGAACACUGGAACAAUGUCACAUCCAAGGGCUGUUAGUUUGGUGGACUCUACAUCGGAGAAGAAUCAGUGGCCCAGGGGUCGAAUGCGUGGAAGUCUGUCAGGUCCGGCAUAUUCUGCUUAUAGCCAAUUUAUAAUUCAGCCAACCACCCAAGCAGCACAAACUGCAAGACCACCGACAAAUCCGACUCCUCCAGCAAACAGUGUUACACCUCAACAGCAGGUAUCUGUCGCCAAUAGCACAGAAAUGCCGGCAGUCCUCACAUCCACAGGUAGACCCAGCUGGUAAAUAUAAUUUGCCAUAACCAAUUUUGUAUCCCACCAUCACCUUGUAAAGUUUUUAACUUGGACGAGUUAUAUGCUAGUUUGGAUGUCUGUAUGUAUUCAGGAACUGAAGUUGAUUUCGAUAAUUGUCUGAGUGGUUAUGGCAUCAUCUUUUGAUAGUUUUA